CGUGUCUCCUACAGAGUCACCUUCUUUGUUCGUUUGUCAUAGAGAGAGAAAAGUUAGAGAGAGAAAGAGCGUUGUUUGAUCAUUGUUGUGAAUCUAAAGCGUGUUUCUCUGAUAAGACUUUGGAACAUGGUGUUGGUUUACUGUCAGCUACCUUUUUCAUCUUGUCUCUGGUGAUUGAUGCUUCUCAUGCUCACUGUUUGAAUGCAUCUCUGUUCAUUUUUCUUACUGGAAUAUGGAAACUUCGAGUACUAGAUGCGUUUUUUCGAUCUGUUAUGCUCUAUGAUCUCAUGGUUCCAGAGAGAGAGAGAGAGAGAGAGAGAGAGUCUUAUUAGUUACUGAAGUUUGGUGUUUGAGGUUUGAUAUCUCACCUUUAACUUUAUUGUGAGAGCUCUUCACUCUACUAGGAUUUGUGAGUUGGUUUUGGCGUCUUCUUAAUAACUACUAGAGCAUUAAUUCUCAAGUGGCUCUGAUAAUUACUGUGUUCCGGGGCUAUCGGUAUAUUGGAACAAAUGUCAUUCCGCAGCAUAGUUCGUGAUGUAAGGGAUGGAUUUGGAAGCUUAUCAAGACGGAGUUUUGAUGUAAUACUUCCUGGGCAUAGCAGGAGCAAGUCACGGAGUUCGGUCCAUGAGUUGCACGACCAGCCUCUGGUUAUACAGAGCAGUCGAUGGGCUAGCCUUCCCCCUGAACUCCUUCGCGAUGUAAUUAAGAGAUUGGAAACAAAUGAAAGUGCAUGGCCUGGUCGUAAGCACGUGGUUGCGUGUGCUGCUGUGUGCAAGUCCUGGAGAGAAAUGUGCAAAGAAAUUGUCGGCAGUCCUGAAUUCUGUGGGAAGAUUACUUUCCCUGUUUCCUUAAAGCAGCCUGGGUAUAGGGAUGGGCCAAUCCAGUGUUUCAUCAAGAGAGACAAAUCUAAACUGACAUACCAUCUCUUCCUUUGUCUUAGUCCCGCCUUGCUUGUUGAAAAUGGGAAGUUUCUUCUCUCUGCAAAACGGACCAGAAGAACGACUUGCACAGAGUACAUUAUAUCAAUGGAUGCAGAUAACAUAUCGAGAUCUAGUAGCACUUACAUUGGAAAAUUGAGGUCUAAUUUUCUUGGCACCAAGUUUAUAAUUUAUGAUACUCAGCCUCCCUAUAACAAUGCUCAGCUAUCUCCACCAGGCCGCAGCCGGAGGUUUAACUCGAAAAAGGUUUCCCCGAAGGUCCCUAGCGGCAGCUACAACAUCGCCCAGGUCACCUAUGAGUUGAACGUCCUCGGUACUAGGGGCCCGCGAAGGAUGAAUUGUACUAUGCACUCAAUCCCUGCAUCAUCCCUUGAUCUCGGUGGCUCUGUCCCGGGCAAGCCAGAGCUCCUUCCGCGUGCCCUUGAGGACUCUUUCCGGAGCAUAUCAUUCGCAAGAUCAAUCGACAACUCAACCGAGUUCAGCAGCGCCAGGUUCUCAGACAUAAUCGGAGCUGGCAAUGAGGAGGAGGAGGAGGAGGGAAAGGAGAGACCCUUGGUUCUUAAGAACAAGUCUCCGAGAUGGCAUGAACAGCUGCAAUGCUGGUGUCUCAACUUCAGGGGCCGAGUGACUGUCGCGUCGGUCAAGAAUUUCCAGCUGAUUGCUGCAACACAGCCUGCAAGUGGUGGUGGAGCUCCUCCAACAGGAACAGGAGCGGCACCACCAUCUCAGCCACCAUCUGACCCUGACAAGAUUAUUCUUCAGUUCGGGAAGGUUGGCAAGGACAUGUUUACAAUGGACUAUCGGUACCCGCUGUCUGCAUUUCAGGCUUUUGCCAUUUGCUUGACUAGCUUCGACACAAAAUUGGCAUGUGAAUAGAUAUUAUAUGUGGUGAGACAAAUAGGAUUUGUUUAAUCUCCAUUUUAGACAUUCAUAGGAUGGUGAAACUGCAUCAAGACAUUUUAAGCCUCAUAGUUUGUAAAGUACAGAACAAUCUGUUAUCUGUACCCAAUGUCCCUAUUUUUUUCCCUUUCUUUUAGCCAUUACCCUUGUCUUUUGAAUUCUCAUGCCAGUUUGGUUUAAAAUUCAAACUUUGUUGAUGUAGA